GAAUUCAAAGACCUUGAGGUAUUUAUUUAUCGGUAAAGAUUCGGUACUAAUUGAAACUGGGCAACGUGGAAAGUUCUACUUCGACUUAUUCCAGUUGACUCAAUUCACAACUCGCCUACCGUUGGCUACUGGUCGCAUUCUACACCCGCAAGUCACAUCACGAUGGGGGACUCUGUUCCAGAACAUAGGAAGAGAAUAAUUAUCGCCAUCACGGGGGCUACGGGAGCAGAUAUUGGUAUCAGACUCUUACAGACACUGCGCCGGCUCAAUGUCGAGACACAUGUUAUCAUCAGCAAGUGGGCGAGCGAGACGAUCAAAUGGGAAACGGAUUACACGGUAGCGGCAGUACGAGCACUAGCGGACCACGCAUACAGUCCACAUGACCUCGCAGCCCCGAUCUACAGCGGCUCCUAUCACAUCGACGGGAUGAUCGUAGCACCUUGCUCGAUGCGGACGCUCGCCGCCAUCAACGCGGGUAUAUGUGACGACCUCAUCACACGCGCAGCGGACCUCUGCCUUAAGGAGCGGCGCCGCCUUGUCCUCGCCGUCCGCGAGACCCCGUUUAGCGAGAUCCAUCUGCGGAACAUGCUGGGCGUCACCAGCGCGGGGGCUAUCGUCGCACCGCCUGUCGUCGGGUUUUACACGCGGCCGUCGUCUGUAGAACAGGUCGUAGGGCAGAUGACGGGGCGGUUGCUAGAUUUGUUCGGGCUGGAUGCGAAGGACUUCGCUAGGUGGGAGGGUAUGCGUAAGGGGAGUUGAGGGACUGUUUGUUUAAGUGCGGUAUGGGAUCUCCAAGGUCCAAUGCUAGAUACUGUUAUUGGGAGCUGGAAUGAAGAUGUAGUUGUACAAUGGAAGUUUUAUUUAUGUCAUUAUUGCUCUAAUACUG